AUGUCUGCAUCAGCAGGUGGUCACGAAUGGAAUCCUCGUUUGAUUGAGGAUACUUGCGACGAACCCGAGGCUUAUCUACAACCACUUGAUGGCUAUCAAGAAUCGGAUCUUGUUUCACUAGAAGAAGCUAUUGAACCAAUCAAAUCGCUCUUUCGUAAUUUACCUCGCGACGCUUGGAUCGCUAAGAAUGCAUUAAAGAAUCCUGUCAAUGGGCUUACACCUGACGAAGCAGCCGCUAUUCAUCUCUAUACGAUGGAAACAAGAACUCGUAGCUUGUACUUGAUUCUGAAUGAAAUGCUUCGUGACCGAGAUCGUCGAAAACUUCAGCCAUGGUUUCUUUAUCUUAAACUAUUUAUUACGGCCCUCUUCAAAAUAUCACCGUGCUCAGUCAAAGUGUUAUGGCGUGGUGUCAAGUCUAGUCUACACUCGAAAUAUCACCGUGGUCAACGCUAUAUAUGGUGGGCAUUUUCUUCCUGUACUCUAUCUUUGGAAGUAUUAGAGCAACCUAUGUAUUUGGGGAAAACGGGCACAAGAACUCUCUUCAGCAUUGAAUGUAUGAACGGAAAGGCUAUUAAGCCAUAUUCAUAUUUCCAGAAAGAAGAUGAAAUUUUACUUUUGCCAGGAUUUUAUUUUGAAGUUGUGGGCAAAGUCAAUGCUGGUAACGGUCUCCACAUUAUUCAAAUACGAGAAGUUACUCCACCAUAUGUUCUUCUUGAGCACCCGUUCGUCGUAAGUUGA